AUGGAUAUUAAUAAAUUGACUCCUCAAUCACCAGAAGUGAUAUCACGACAAGCUACAAUUAAUAUCGGCACAAUCGGUCAUGUCGCUCAUGGAAAGUCAACAGUGGUGAAAGCAAUUUCGAGCGUUCAUACAGUUCGCUUUAAAAAUGAAUUAGAAAGAAAUAUCACGAUCAAACUCGAUGACACAUCUGAAGGUAUUGAAAUGGAUUAUCUGCGUCCAGUCAUCGUAGUGCCUAGAUUGACUGAGAAACAAAUUUAUAGUUUGACAAAAGAUUAUGAUCGCAAGCGAAAUAUCAAAAAAUUAAUGAAGGAACUGAAUGGAGGAUCUCAAAAGCUCAGUGAAUCAAAAAUUACAUCAAUUCGUGAAUUUCUUGGAUGUAAACGAGGAGACUUGGAUGAUCCAAUCUUGAAACAAAAAUUGUCAACUUUUAAACUGGAAUAUUCGAGGAAUGCUGACAUUGGGCGCGAUUUUGAUGCAUCAAGUAGUUCAGAAAGCUGUUUAAAUGAAAGUUCUCGACCGAAAAGAAAAGUGCAAGCACCAGUCAAAUUAUCGUUGCAAUUGAAUCCACCUAAAAAAAGGUUCAAGAAAGAAAUUCCUGAAAUUGUCAAUUUUAAUCAAGAGUACGAAGUUGAAGUAAUUUGUGGAGUUGUUGUUAGAACCAAUCGUUCAUUUGACAUUUCGUCACACAUUUUGUUUGAAGUGAAAUGGAAAAAUUACUCUCCAAGACAAAAUACUUGGGAACCUUACAAGAACGUUAAAGAUUGUGAAGCACUGGAUGUGUUUAUGAAGUUUGAAAUGCGAGGGAGGGAAAAAGAGAUUGAGAACGAUAUGAAUGACAUAUUUCAAGAGAUUCAAGCAGAGAUUGAAAAUUAUGGGAAGAAACCAAAGCCGGUCAUCAAUGCAAAAUUGAAGACAUUUAAUUCGUUGCAGUUUGAUUACUUAAAAGUCAUUUACUUGUUGGUGAAAAAGGAAAUGUCGUAUUAUCCUGGAUUUAUUGGAAAAUUCCGUGAACACUUCAUCUUGAAUCAUUUUUACGAACUUAACAAAAAUCAACGUGAAACGCACAUGAAGAUGGAGGAAGAAAUCAUGGAAAAAGAAAGAAAAUUGUUCUCAGUUUCAAUUGUAAAUGAUGUUGAUUUCUCUACCAUUCAACCUUUUGAAUAUAUCAGUGAGAAUAUUUUACCGAAUGGCCUUUCCGAAGAAAUUUCCGAGACAAAUAUUGGAUGCAGUUGUGAAAAUGGAUGUUCACGUGAGUCAAAAUGUUGUCCAUCGUUGAUAAAUUCAAGGUUUUGCUACAAAUUUGAAAGAGGACGAAAGCGAUUGCGUGACAUUCAAUAUCAAAUAAUCUAUGAAUGUAAUGAGAAAUGCAGUUGUGAUGAAAAUUGUUUGAAUCGCGUCACUCAACAACCUCGUCAAUUUCCAUUGCAAAUUUUUAAGACGGAGCAAUGUGGAUGGGGUUUGAAGACUCUCGUGAGCAUUCCAAAGAACACUUAUUUGAUGGAAUAUACUGGAGAAAUCAUCGAUCAACAAGAAGUGAAUUCUCGAGAAGAGAAGUAUGAUGAAAUCGGAAAAACUUAUCUCUUUGACUUGGAUUAUGAUGACGAUGAUAAUGCCACUUACACAAUCGAUGCAUCCACGUGUGGCAACAUAUCUCGACUCAUCAAUCACAGCUGUGAACCAAAUUGCCAGAUUUGGCCUGUAACAAAGCACAAGCAAAAUCCGCCAUCAUUAUAUCGACUUUGCUUCUUUACAUCACGAUUCAUUAGAGCAAAUGAAGAAUUGACGUUUGAUUAUAAUGGUCGAUCUGAACUGAUUGUUGACAUAAAAAUGGAGAAGCAUGAAGACGCCAAUGAGAAUAUUGAAAUAUCUGGAAACACAACCGUACAAUGUCAUAAGACAAAAAGAUAUGCCAAUGCGAAAAUUUACAAAUGUGACAAUCCAAAAUGUCCACGUCCAGUUUGCUAUACAUCUGGUGGAUCUGGAAAGGAUGAUCAUUUUCCAUGUUACCGACCAUCAUGUACUGGUCGUUUCCAAUUGAUUCGUCAUGUCAGCUUUGUUGAUUGUCCUGGACACGAUAUUCUUAUGGCUACGAUGUUGAACGGUGCUGCUGUCAUGGACGCAGCAUUGCUUUUGAUUGCAGGCAACGAGUCAUGCCCACAACCACAGACAAGCGAACAUUUGGCAGCCAUCGAAAUUAUGAAGCUUAAGCACAUCCUAAUUUUGCAAAAUAAAAUAGAUUUGGUGAAGGAAAGUCAAGCAAAGGAACAACAUGAACAGAUUGUUAAAUUCGUUAAAGGAACUGUAGCCGACGGUGCUCCGAUUAUCCCAAUUUCAGCUCAAUUGAAAUAUAACAUUGAAGUUUUGUGCGAAUACAUCACCAAGAAGAUUCCAAUUCCAACAAGAAAUUUCACAGAUCCACCUCGUCUGAUUGUCAUUCGUUCAUUCGAUGUCAACAAGCCUGGAUGUGAGGUGAAUGACCUGAAAGGUGGAGUCGCUGGUGGCUCCAUCUUGCGUGGUGUUCUUAAAGUUGGACAAGAAAUUGAAGUUCGUCCUGGACUGGUCAGCAAAGAUUCCGAAGGAAAACUUACUUGUCGUCCAAUCUUCUCAAAGAUUGUCUCACUUUAUGCUGAACAGAAUGAAUUGCAAUUCGCUGUCCCUGGUGGACUCAUUGGUGUCGGCACGAAGAUUGAGCCAACUUUAUGUCGUGCUGAUCGUUUAGUGGGUCAAGUGCUUGGUGCUGUUGGAGCAUUGCCAGAAAUCUUUGUCGAGCUAGAAAUUUCAUAUUAUUUGUUGAAACGUUUGCUGGGUGUUCGUACCGAAGGUGACAAGAAAGCUGCAAAGGUUCAAAAGCUAUCAAGAGGUGAAGUGUUAUUGGUAAAUAUUGGAUCAUUGAGUACUGGUGGACGAGUUGUUGCAACAAAAGUGGAUUUAGCUAAGAUUGCAUUGACGAGUCCCGUUUGCACGGAAGUUGGCGAAAAAAUUGCAUUGAGUCGGCGUGUAGAGAAACAUUGGCGAUUAAUUGGCUGGGGACAAAUUCGAGGUGGUACCGUUCAUUCGAUUAAAUAAAAAAACGAAUCUUAAAUUGAAAGACACCAAGAGAAGACAAAGCCAAGCCUCCCAAUUCAACGCAAACCUAGAAACGUUAACUGAUCAACUUCGGAUUUGAGCGCAUUAUUUAAUCAUUGUUUUUUAUAUAUAAAUAAUUCCACAAAUCGGUGGAAAAAAUGAAAUUUAGGAUGAAUAAAAUUUACUAUCAAAUUUUCUGUGGAAGAAA